UGUGUUGGAUCUUGUAGGACAGAGUGACGGUGAAAGCAGAAGAAUGUUUCCGUACCCAGUUCCUCCCAUUGAAGAGAACGUGUUGGAUGAAGGUAAACUGCUCAAACCCUGGGACACCAAGAAGUUACCUCUGCUGUCAUCACGACCAAAGUCCUGCGAAGUUGCCGGCAUCAAUAUCUUUCCGUCCCUGGAACAACCCUCCACGCUGACCCACGGUGUCCACUCGGCACUCAACACCGGCGGCUCACUACCCGACCUGUCCAUCUUCCACUUCCCCUCACCGCUGCCCACGCCGCUUGAUCACGAUGAGCCCAGCAGCUACCCAGGCUCCUCCUCUGUCAGCGGCGGAAGCAGCACAGGAAACCUGGCUUCCACUCUCACCCAGCUCGGCAUCGGCACGGCUACGGCGCCCGGAGGUCUCCUGGUGACUCUGCAGAGCACGCUCAGUAACGCCUCCCUGCAGUCAUCGCUAAGCAACCCCAACAUCCAGUCAUCAUUGAGCAGCCAGUCCUUCUCCAGUUCCUUAAGCUCUGCCUCAUUGCAAUCGUCACUAAGCAACCCUUCCCUGCAGUCCUCACUUAGCUCCUCCCCCUCAUUGCCAUCCUCCCUCAGCGGCCAAUCUCUGCACUCUUCCCUCAGCAACUCCUCCCUCCAGUCGGCCUCCAGCAGUAACCCCGCCUACAGCAGUGGAGUGGGCGGGUCUAACUCGUGCUCCUCCUCCUACUCACCUCUCCUCAGUGGCCAAGGCCAACCGUCACUCAGCACAUCACCACGGAGACGGGCGCAGCUGUCCCCACUGAUUCUGCCCAUGGGAGGAGAGUCACGGAGGCAUCACUCCAAGCAGUUCUCCCCCACCAUCUCCCCCACGCUGUCGUCCAUCACACAGGGUGUGGCUCUGGACACCAGCAAACUGCCUCUGGAUCAGCGGUUACCUCCGUACCCCCUCAGUCAGUCUCACCAGCAUCAGCCGCAUCCUGGUCUCCCGGGAACCCAGUCCAACCCGCCUGCACCACCGCUCAGCCACCACCAGCAGCUGCACCAUCCACCACAGCUCCGGCCCAGCGCUCAGCAGCAGCCACAGCUUCACCUGCAGAACCUACGCAACGCUCAGACGCAGCAUUCUUUUGGCAUGCAGCAGAGGUCUGUGCUGCCACCGCUGAACACCACGGGCAUACCACUGAUAAAAAGUGAGAGUGCUGUGGAGCACUGCGUCCACAACUCGCCACGUCGACUCAAGCAGCAGGCGGAGCAGCAGGCGGAGCAGCAGCGAGCCGGCGUCCCACCUCAGCGACAGGUCAGCCACACCCUGACCACGGACCUCGCCCUCUACAACGACACCUUGCUAAACUCGUUGCUGGAUGAUCCGUACCUGAAUCUCCAUCUUACAGGCAGAUCUGGCCAACAGUUCACAGGAGAGAACCAAUGUGACAGUCUGUCUCUGAACCACUGCGGCACCACCGACCAGAACCAGUACACCUCCCACACCCAGGGACCCCUGGAGUUCCAAGAGCACGGAGACCACCAUUUUCUGAACAACCAGAACCAAGACUACAGCACUGGGGAGGGGCGACACAACGUUCCCAACAUCAUCCUCACUGGUAUGGAUUCCUGUUCAGGUGAGUCACCACCAGGUUUGUCCAAAGAGAUUGCCAGCGCCUUGUCCCAUGUCCCUGGCUUUGAAAUGGACUCCUUCUCCUUGGACGAUCCGCUCCGGAUUGACCCUCUGGCUCUGGAUAUGCUGGACGGGGACCUAAUGCUUGCUGACCCUGCGGUAGAGGACUCUUUCCGAUCCGACCGGCUGAAGUGAUCCGAUCAGAACUCCACUCCUGGACCUUGCUGGGAUCGUGAAGAACUUGAUGGCCACAACGGAUGUGGAGGAGAAGAGAUUCAGUGCCACUUCACCGCCCACUCACCACUCCCCCUAGAUGACAGUCAGCUGGACGGGCUGCAGUGCAUGUAACUGAGAGCAGUGCAUCCUGGGACCUGAAUCCUGGAGGGGGGACUCUGAGGCACUUAUCUAAAAACACCAUGGCAGCGCUUGCAUUGGAGGAAAACCGUGACGCUUCUCCAUUUAAGCAUUAGCUUGUUCGAGUCUUACCUGCAUAUUGAUGCCAAAUGCGAACAUGCGGGAGCUGCUUGCAUGUCGUCUGCUUACGUGAUGUAAGAAACUGCAAACCAGCAAUGCUUUGAAGACGCCAUAUUGAAAAGUAUCCAGUCAGCGCGGAUCCUUGGGCUUUAUCGUUGUCAGUUGUUUCUUGCUCUGUCGCUCCUGUUGAUCUUUGCUGCCUGUGGAAAGAUGUUUAUUUUUUUUUCUCAGCUCAAAUGCUAAAGCUAACUUUUGGCUAACACGAGGUUCUGUGCUUUAACAUUUAGCGAGCCGCCACUUGAAACAUUUAUUGGUGUUGUCUUGAUGUCCAGAAGGAUCCGUUUGUUAACGAGGUAGUGCCGGCGUGGCAGCAUGUGUUCCUGGAGCGCUUUGACUUCACGCUAGCACUCACCGACUGAAGCAGCUUUAAAAUCGUAAGGCCAUGAUGGACUUUUAACUCUCAACAUAUGAAAAUCUUCUGUUGGGGUUUUUUUCGUAGACUUUAUUCUUGCGCACAUUCCAUCUGCUACUUCUGUGUUUCUGUAGAAGAAUCUGUUGACUUUGUUGCAUCGCGCACAGAACUGUUUUAUUUUGAAGUACAAAAUGAUGCUUUUCAAGAACGGGUUCUUUAACUAUAGACGUAGAAAAUAGGAGCUGGAUGUUCGUGGACCCCCCCAAGGUGUUCCAAGGGCAUUUUGGACAUUUCAUUCCCAUGAUGCUUCACUUCACUCAUCGAGAGUCCACACAUUGGGUUAAAAUUCAUAGAAAAACUAAAUUUAUACAGGUUGUUCAGCAUUUGCCUGUUUUUGUUGCAUGAGGGGAACAAAGUGAAGGAUCGUGGGAACAAACGGCCCAAAUAUCUCUCUGGCUCUUCUAUACUGUGAUUGGUUACCCAGAGCUUAUAUAUAUACAGUAGUGUUCAGAAUAAUAGUAGUGCUAUGUAACUAAAAAGAUUAAUCCAGGUUUUGAGUAUAUUUC